GGCGGGCCGUCCCAUCCCCAGUGCGCCAGCGAGGUUCGGGUGCUCGGAGCAGGAGGGGUGGGAGGAACCGGGAACGAAAGAACCGGGAGCGAGGAUCCGAGGGGUGAAGAAAUUCUCGGUGGUCCCACGCUCAGCCUCAUCAGACUCGACAUCCCCCCACCCCGACCACCCCCCACCAUGAAAGCCAUCAGCCCGGUGCGGUCGGUCAGGAGCUGUUACGAGGCCGUUUGCUGCCUCUCGGAGCAAAGUUUGGCCAUCGCUCGCAGCAGCAACAACAAGAGCCCGGCGUUGGAGGAACCCAUGAAUCUGCUGUACGAUAUGAACGACUGCUACUCCAAAUUGAGGGAGUUGGUGCCGGGCAUCCCGCAGGGCACCAAGCUGAGCCAGGUGGAAAUCCUCCAGCACGUCAUCGAUUAUAUCUUCGACCUGCAGAUCGUGCUGGAGGAGGGGGCCAAGGGGCGAGACCACUCCUCGGAGGCCACCCUGCUGUCCCUGAAGGCAGCCGAGCUGGCCUCCGAGCUGUGCUCCAAAGACGAGAGAAGUUUGUGUCACUAACGCCUCCUCCAUCAGGUGAGUGCCACCCCAUCCUGGGAACCCCAAAACCCUCAGCACGACACCGCCGUACCCCAAAACUACCCGCACACCUCUUCCCCCUUUGGUACCCCUGUACCCCAAACCCUUCCCGUACCGCUUCUCCCUCCUCUCCCCCCAU